GGGGACAAAUAAAACAUCGAUAAACAAAGAUCUUUCAUUUCGUCACUAUAUCUUCUUCUAGAAGAUACUGUACAUUGUGACAACCUCAAUUGUGUUUCAAAUAAAACUUGCGCUUCUUUUGGUAGGUAAGAAGAAGAUUCUUUUAUUAAAUUUUCAAGAUGAGCUUUGGUUUUAGUUUUAUUGUUUAAUCGACUAUUUUUUGUUUUUUUCAACCUGUUUAACCUACUCCUUAAUAAGCCUAUAGUUCGUUUAUAAGCAUUUAUUUUUAUUUUAUCUAUGGAGGGUUUUAAUGUGGAUUCAUUAACACUUUCUGUUAUACCUUGUUGUGUACAAUCACCAGCAUUUUUCAUUUCACAUGGUCCAGAUGGUGUAUUGAAAAGAUUUUCAUGUGCGUUUUUCCUUGAAGGUGUAGUUAUGCAAGGAAUUGUUUCAGAACGGCCAGAUGGUGUAUUGAAAAGAUUUUCAUGUGCGUUUUUCCUUGAAGGUGUAGUUAUGGAAGGAGUUGUUUCAGAACGGCCAGAAGGUGUGUUGAUUACUUCUGUGUUGACAAUUUCAUUGCAAGGUGAUUUUGGACUGCUUGCACAAAAAAGAGGAUGUAAAUUUUUACUGUUUCUAAAUUGAUGUGAUGAAUCACUAGCAGAUUUAUUAUGUGA